AUGGCUACCUUUGCGCAACAGUUGGUCAUGGAGCUUAAGCAGUGGGAUGACUGCCUACCUCUGGGAUGCCGCCUGAUUGGACCGGAAAGCAUCUAUCCAGAACGGCAUUCAGCUUUGCUUCCCCACCAGAGUUAUCUAGGGCUGACAUAUGUGGCCACCCUGCUUUGGCUCUAUCUGCAAUUGAUCUCAGGUGAGCAGGGGUUGCACCGUUCACAGCGCCCAGCCACAGAGGGGGCCAAGAAGCUCCUCUACCGAGGGCUCUCUAUGCUCACCCAACACUUGGAAAACUUCUCUAUGUGCGGUUUUCCACCGUUAUUCGAACUAAGUCUUCGCACAAUUGCGGAGCAAGCGUUCAGACUUCGGGCUACUGCCGACUUGUCGGACACCUUCCCCUUUGCCAGAUGGGCAGACGAGUUCCGACACAAAACAGCAGCUUUCACCUCCACAUGGCCGGCCUAUGGAUCUUUGGUUUCUAUCAUGGAGAGGUGGCAGCACUCCAAAGAUGUUGUUGGGGGCCCAUCCACAUUUCCGGGGGCAGUCGGCCUUCCAUUUUCGGGUGCACCCAUGGCAGGCCCCAUGCAACCAUUAGGCGGAGCUCGCAGCGUACCCCAAAACGGCGAAGGAGAUUACACCUCUUCUAUCCUUGGCAUCAGUAUGCCAGUCGAUGGGCAAUCUUUGACCCCAAAAGACACAGUAAUGGAAAACACAGAUCUAGGCAUGAUGGACGUGUCAUUACACCACCCAAGGGAGGUACAGUCGGCCCUACCAGACAAGAUCACUCCGCGCAGCAGAGUAGAUUCUGUGUAUGGCACAGCCAGCGCACAACACCAACAACCACAACCCCAAACUCCCGACUCGGCAACCUCAAACCCAAUGAUGGCUGGAAACAUCGCUUCCGUUGGCGACAUCGACGCCAUCUUCAAAGACCUCGCAUACCUGGAUACUACUGAAUGGUCCACUAACCGCGAGGCCGGUCUGAAGGACUUCGGCUUCUUGGAUGAUAGCACAUUCCAGGCUUUCUGCCAUGAUCCAGAUCGCUUGGGCGGAUCACAGCCACUGGUUCAUCCGCCUUCUAUAGCGGAUAUCUGGCCACCGCCUGGGUUCUUCCCAGAGACCUUCCAGGAGGUGCCCGAGGAGUCUAUGGGCGGCUGA